CCACCAUGCUGUGUCUGUUGCUCCUGCUUUGCGGGCUUGCAAGCCUGGGCGGUCCCCUGAAGAAAUAUGUGGAGAAUUCGGGCAUGCAAAUUACAGUUCCUGAGAAGAUACGCUCUGUAAAACGCGGAAGCGUGGAAUCCGAAGUGUCCUACAAAAUUGUAAUUGAAAACACAACAUAUAUAGUGAACCUAGUACGAAAAAUGUUUUUACCUCAUGAUUUCCAAGUGUAUAGUUAUGACAGUGCAGGGAUUAUGAAACCUUUUGAAGACUAUUCUCAGAAUUUUUGCUACUACCAAGGACAUAUUGAAGGUUUUCCAACGUCUCUGGCGAGCAUUAGCACAUGUGCUGGACUCAGGGGCUUACUGCAGUUUGAAACUGUUAGCUAUGGGAUUGAACCACUGAAGUCUUCCAUUGGUUUUGAACACGUGAUUUACCCAGUAAAACAUGAUAAUGAAAAAUCUCAAUAUCUUAAGAAAUCUAUUAAUGUCAAAAAUGUGGUCUAUAAAAUAAAAAGUAUAAAGUCAUCAGUGCGCACUCACUACAUAGAAAUGCACAUUAUAGUUGAAAAAAAUUUGUAUAAACAUAUGGGUGGGAACACAGCGACUGUCACUGAGAAAAUUUUCCAGUUGGUUGGCCUGAUGAACGCUUUUUUUAGCACCUUAAAUCUUACAGUAAUUCUGGCUUCACUGGAGCUGUGGAUAGAUGAGAACAAAAUUCCAACCACUGGAGAUGUUAAUGAGUUAUUACACGCAUUUCAAAAAUGGAAAAAAUCUUACCUGGUUCUGCGUCCACACGAUGUGGCAUUUCUACUUGUUUACAGAGAAUCCCCCAGUUAUAUCGGAGCCAUCUUUCAAGGAAUGAUAUGUAACACGAGCUACGGGGGAGGCAUUGCCCUGCACUCCAAAACCAUAACUCUGGACUCAUUUGGAGUUAUUCUAGUUCAGUUGCUGAGCGUGAGCAUGGGAAUCGCUUACGACAAUGCUGACCUAUGCCGCUGCCGAGGAGCUAUCUGCCUGAUGUCCCCGGAAGCAGUUUUUUCCAGUGGCAUGAAGAUGUUCAGCAACUGCAGCGUGAAAGCUUUUAAGCUCUUCACGUCCAGUCAGGUGUCUCAGUGUCUGCAGAACCAGCCGUAUUUGGAGCCCGUCUACAGGUCAAACCCGGUCUGCGGCAAUAACAGGGUGGAACAGGGUGAAGACUGCGACUGCGGAUCGCAGGAGGAAUGCCAAGACACCUGCUGUGAUGCUGCUACCUGCAGGCUGAAAAGUACUUCACGAUGUGCUCAAGGGCCCUGUUGUAACCAGUGUGAGUUCAAAACUAAAGGAGAGGUAUGCCGAGAGUCCACGGAUGAGUGUGAUCUCCCUGAGUACUGCAACGGCUCGUCUGGGGCUUGCCAAGAAGACCUCUAUGUUAUUAAUGGGCACAGAUGCGCAAAUGAAGAGUGGAUCUGCAUGAAUGGGAGGUGUCUGUCUGGGAAGGCACAAUGCCAAGAAACAUUUGGUACAGAAAUGGAAAUGGGUUCAGUAGACUGCUUUGAACAACUUAAUACUAAGAAUGACAUUACUGGAAACUGUGGUAUCCUCAGCCCCGGGAAUUACAAAGCAUGUGGAGCUAGCAAUUGGAAGUGUGGAAAAUUAAUCUGUUCCUAUGAUAAGAGCGAAAUCCUGAGAAACAAGGAAGGCAUGACCAUUUAUGCCAACAUCAGCGGCCAUAUCUGUGUCAGCAUAGAAUAUCCUCCUGGUCACGCCAAGAGUGCACUGAUGUGGGUAAGAGAUGGCACCGUGUGUGGCCCGAGUGAGGUUUGUAGGCAACAACAGUGUGUAUCCAGUUCGUAUUUGGGAUAUGACUGCACACCAGCCACUUGCAGUGAUCAUGGUGUAUGCAAUAACAAAAGGCACUGUCACUGUAAUCCCACCUAUGUACCUCCAAACUGCGAGACCCAAGAUUCGACAAAGCCUGGAGGGAGUGUUGACAGCGGUAAUCUACGAUAUGAACCAAUCCCUGAAACGUAUUUCGUUGAAGGUGCUUACCAUACCAAGUCUAGAAAAUGGCCAUUUUUCUUGAUCAUUCCUUUUUUCGUUAUUUUCUCCGUACUGGUUGCUACAGUGGUAAAAGUCUAUUACCAAAAGAAAAAAUGGAAAACUGAAGAUUAUGCAAAUGAUGAGAACAUUGAAAGCGAGAGUGAACCCAAAAGCUCCAAAGUCUCUUCCAAGUAGACUGGCUGGCAAGGAUUCUAUGCUGCCACAGUGAGUGUCAAAUAGUUCAAGUCUUCCAGAACAAGUAUCUUUAGUGGAUAGAAAAAAGUGGAGAAGAAAAAAUAUGCACUACCUUACUUCCUGGAAGUCAAACUGAUGUAUCGUGGUUUCCAGUGCACCAGAAACUAUAGACAUUUUCAUGUACAUGUAACAUACAUAUAUGUCGUAUAUAUAUGAUUCUAUAACAGAUAAUUUAUUUGUAAGGAAGGCCUAAUUAUGAGUUUUACAUUACAUUUUUCUCAUUUUAAAAGUUAUUUCACACCGUGUUAGCUAGAAGUCACUAAUUCUGUUAGUAGGCAUGAUAUAGAAAAAGUUAUAAUAAAGGUAAUACCAUG